CGAGUCCGCCGGCCCCGGGGGGAGAAGCCAACUCGAUUCGGGUCGCCGGGGAAAGGAGCUCGGGAUUGCGAGGGCACGGGGCUCGGGAGAGAAACCUACAGCAACUAGUCAUCGGCGAGUGAUGGGUGUGGAGAAAGAUCCAGAGGGAAGGGUCCCGGGGAGGCGAGCGGCCGGGCUCGCGGCCGGGCCAGACAAAAGCUGAAGGAGCGGCGCGGAGCUGAGCAGCCCGCCGGGAGCAAAGCGGAGGGUCCCCGUGGUCUCGGGGGGGCCCUCCGACAGCUUCUUUCCGAAGCUGGGAAAGCGGACAAGUGCUGAAAUGGACUGCUGAAUUAUGAAGUAUUUCAGACCCAGUAGCAGAACAUCACUCAGCCACUCACUCCUUUAUCUCCUACUAGUUAUUUAAAUUGGACUUUUAAUAUCCUACCAGCUGCUCUUCAGACACACAUGGUGCAUUGUUACCAUUCCCCGGAUUGCAUCUUUGAAACACAAGCUCUUAGUAACCUUCAGCAAACAAAGAGGCAACCUCCCGGGUCCGUCUACCGGGAGGGAGUCAUCCUGACUGCCCUCUAGCUUUUGCUGGAUCUGGAUUUGAAUUCCACCAUGGAGCCUCGAAUGGAGUCCUGCCUGGCUCAGGUGUUGCAAAAGGAUGUGGGGAAACGACUGCAGGUUGGCCAGGAACUUAUAGACUAUUUCUCAGAUAAACAGAAGUCUGCUGACCUUGAGCAUGAUCAGACCAUGUUAGAUAAGCUUGUGGAUGGACUCGCUACCUCUUGGGUGAACUCUAGUAAUUACAAGGUGGUUCUUCUGGGCAUGGAUAUCCUGUCGGCUCUGGUGACCCGGCUGCAGGAUCGGUUCAAGGCGCAGAUCGGCACAGUGCUGCCAAGUCUAAUAGACAGACUGGGAGAUGCUAAAGACUCUGUGAGGGAGCAAGACCAAACUCUGCUGCUAAAGAUCAUGGAUCAAGCUGCUAAUCCCCAGUAUGUAUGGGACAGAAUGCUUGGAGGCUUCAAACACAAGAAUUUCCGUACAAGAGAAGGCAUCUGUCUCUGCCUUAUUGCAACACUCAAUGCCUCUGGAGCACAUACUCUGACACUAAGCAAGAUCGUGCCACACAUAUGUAACUUACUUGGAGACCCAAACAGCCAGGUUCGAGAUGCAGCAAUAAACAGCUUAGUGGAAAUUUACAGACAUGUAGGAGAACGUGUGAGGGCAGAUCUCAGUAAAAAAGGAUUGCCACAGUCCCGGCUGAAUGUCAUUUUUACAAAAUUUGAUGAAGUCCAAAAAUCUGGAAACAUGAUACAAUCUGCAAACGAUAAAAAUUUUGAUGAUGAAGAUUCCGUGGAUGGUAAUAGACCUUCCUCUGCCAGUUCUACGUCAUCCAAAGCUCCUCCAAGCUCACGGAGAAACGUUGGAAUGGGAACCACCCGCCGGCUUGGGUCAUCCACUCUUGGAUCCAAGUCUUCAGCUGCAAAGGAAGGUGCCGGUGCUGUUGAUGAAGAGGAUUUUAUUAAAGCAUUUGAUGAUGUACCUGUAGUGCAGAUUUAUUCCAGCCGMGAUCUUGAAGAAUCCAUAAACAAAAUUAGGGAAAUAUUAUCUGAUGACAAACAUGAUUGGGAGCAGAGAGUAAAUGCUCUAAAAAAGAUUAGAUCUUUACUUUUGGCUGGUGCUGCUGAGUAUGAUAACUUCUUUCAACAUCUGCGUCUUUUGGACGGAGCCUUUAAACUCUCUGCUAAGGAUCUGCGGUCUCAGGUAGUGCGAGAGGCUUGUAUCACGUUGGGGCAUCUGUCAUCGGUUCUAGGAAAUAAAUUUGACCAUGGAGCUGAAGCCAUUAUGCCAACUAUAUUUAAUUUAAUUCCAAACAGUGCCAAAAUUAUGGCCACUUCUGGUGUUGUAGCUGUUAGAUUAAUCAUUCGGCACACACACAUCCCUAGACUAAUACCUGUUAUAACAAGCAACUGUACCUCUAAGUCUGUUGCAGUUAGAAGGCGCUGUUUUGAAUUUUUAGAUUUGCUUCUACAAGAAUGGCAGACACAUUCACUGGAAAGACACAUAUCAGUAUUAGCUGAAACAAUAAAGAAGGGAAUCCAUGAUGCUGAUUCUGAAGCAAGAAUAGAAGCCAGGAAAUGUUACUGGGGCUUCCAUGGUCACUUCAGCAGAGAAGCAGAGCACUUAUACCAUACUCUGGAGUCCUCCUACCAGAAAGCCCUGCAGUCCCAUUUGAAGAACUCGGACAGCAUAGUGUCUCUGCCCCAGUCUGAUCGUUCAUCUUCCAGCUCUCAGGAGAGUCUCAAUCGGCCGCUCUCUGCCAAAAGAAGCCCAACUGGCAGCACCACAUCUAGAGCUUCUACAGUUAGCACCAAAUCUGUAUCAACAACUGGAUCCCUCCAGCGAUCUCGAAGUGACAUCGAUGUGAACGCAGCUGCCAGUGCCAAAUCUAAAGUCUCCUCGUCUUCAGGCACGACGCCCUUCAGUUCUGCAGCGGCUUUGCCUCCAGGGUCCUAUGCAUCUUUAGAGUCCAGACCCCUGAGGGAAGACUUGGAGUACGUAGGCCUGGAUGCAGGUCGCAUACGCACAAGAAGACAAAGCUCCGGGAGUGCCACCAAUGUUGCUUCUACACCUUCUGACAGUCGGGGCCGAAGUCGUGCUAAAGUGGUUUCACAGUCUCAGCCUGGCAGUCGGUCGAGUUCCCCCGGGAAAUUGUUGGGAAGUGGCUAUGGUGGACUUGCUGGUGGUUCUUCGAGAGGCCCACCUGUGACACCAUCUUCAGAAAAACGAAGCAAGAUUCCCAGGAGUCAGGGGUGUAGCCGAGAAACAAGUCCAAACCGAAUAGGAUUAGACCGAUUUGGGCUGGGCCAGCCAGGAAGAAUACCGGGUUCCGUGAAUGCCAUGCGGGUUUUGAGCACCAGUACAGAUCUGGAAGCUGCAGUUGCUGAUGCUUUGCUGUUAGGAGACGCCAGGAGCAAGAAGAAGCCUGUGAGGAGGAGAUAUGAGCCAUACGGGAUGUAUUCUGAUGAUGAUGCCAACAGCGAUGCCUCAAGUGUUUGCUCCGAGCGCUCCUAUGGCUCCAGGAAUGGCGGCAUUCCCCAUUAUUUGCGGCAGACCGAGGAUGUAGCAGAAGUUCUCAACCACUGUGCAAGUUCAAACUGGUCAGAAAGGAAAGAAGGGCUGCUGGGCUUGCAGAACUUGCUGAAGAGCCAAAGAACACUGAGUCGAGUAGAAUUGAAGAGAUUGUGUGAGAUCUUCACCCGAAUGUUUGCUGACCCUCAUAGCAAGAUUGCUGAUUCAGAAGCAGAAUGUGAGGAUAAAGAAGGAAAUUUGUUAUCAUCAGAAGGCUCUUGUCCAAGAGUUUUCAGUAUGUUCUUGGAGACUCUAGUGGAUUUUAUAAUAAUUCAUAAGGAUGACUUGCAAGACUGGCUUUUUGUCCUUCUCACACAAUUACUUAAGAAAAUGGGAGCAGAUUUACUUGGCUCUGUGCAAGCAAAAGUUCAGAAGGCCCUAGAUGUCACAAGGGACUCCUUUCCAUUUGAUCAACAGUUUAACAUUUUGAUGAGAUUUAUUGUGGAUCAAACUCAGACUCCAAACCUCAAGGUCAAAGUUGCAAUCCUGAAAUACAUUGAGUCUCUGGCCAGACAGAUGGACCCAACAGAUUUUGUAAACUCUAGCGAGACGAGGCUUGCUGUUUCUAGAAUCAUUACCUGGACAACAGAACCAAAGAGUUCAGAUGUGAGAAAGGCAGCACAGAUUGUGCUCAUCUCUCUGUUUGAAUUGAACACUCCGGAAUUUACCAUGUUACUUGGUGCCUUGCCCAAAACRUUCCAGGAUGGUGCCACCAAACUGCUUCAUAACCACCUCAAGAACUCCAGUAACACUAGUGUGGGAUCUCCAAGCAAUACAAUUGGCCGGACACCCUCCCGACACCCCAGCAGCAGGACCAGCCCUCUGACCUCACCUACCAACUGUUCCCAUGGGGGUCUAUCACCAAGCAUGCUGGACUAUGACACAGAGAACCUGAACUCUGAAGAAAUCUAUAGUUCUCUGCGGGGAGUUACAGAAGCCAUUGAAAAGUUUAGUUUCCGAAGCCAAGAAGAUCUGAAUGAGCCAAUUAAGCGCGAUGGCAAAAAGGACUGUGAUAUAGUGUCCCGUGACGGAGGAGCUGCCUCGCCAGCCACCGAGGGCCGGGGAGGCAGUGAAGGGGAGGGAGGCAGGACAGCUCUGGACAACAAGACCUCCCUCCUCAACACCCAGCCUCCGCGUGCCUUCCCAGGACCGCGUGCACGGGAGUACAACCCGUAUCCCUACUCGGACACCAUCAACGCCUACGACAAGACCGCCCUGAAGGAGGCCGUGUUUGACGAUGACAUGGAGCAGCUCAGAGAUGUGCCCAUUGACCAUUCUGACCUGGUGGCUGACCUGCUGAAAGAACUGUCCAACCACAACGAGCGGGUGGAGGAGCGGAAAGGUGCCCUGCUAGAGCUGCUCAAGAUCACCAGGGAAGACAGCCUGGGCGUCUGGGAGGAGCACUUCAAGACCAUCUUGCUGCUGCUGCUGGAGACCCUUGGAGACAAAGAUCAUUCAAUUCGAGCACUGGCAUUGCGAGUUUUACGGGAAAUUCUGAGAAACCAGCCUGCAAGAUUCAAAAACUACGCUGAGCUGACGAUCAUGAAGACUCUGGAAGCCCACAAAGACUCUCACAAGGAGGUGGUGCGAGCUGCUGAGGAGGCUGCCUCCACACUGGCCAGUUCCAUCCACCCAGAGCAGUGCAUCAAAGUGCUCUGCCCCAUCAUCCAGACAGCCGACUACCCCAUCAACCUGGCCGCCAUCAAGAUGCAGACCAAAGUCGUGGAGAGAAUCGCUAAGGAGUCCUUGCUGCAGCUCCUUGCCGACAUCAUCCCAGGCUUGCUGCAGGGUUAUGACAACACGGAAAGCAGCGUGCGGAAGGCCAGCGUGUUUUGCUUAGUGGCAAUUUAUUCCGUAAUCGGAGAAGACCUGAAACCUCACCUCGCACAGCUCACGGGGAGCAAGAUGAAGCUACUAAACUUAUACAUAAAGAGGGCACAGACCACCAACAGCAACAGCAGCUCCUCCUCCGACGUCUCCACGCACAGCUAGUGGCAGUGCCAGUCUCUGUGCAGAGUCAGACRCCAUCGGUGGUGCCUCAGACCCCCCAUCGGCUGCCCAGUCAGUACGAGGAGGCCCGCACAUAUUUAUUACAAUCAGUAUUUUGGUCCCUUCCAGCUUUUGUGUAGAAUCUUACUGGUAUUGAAUGUAACGGAAGCAAGGCCUGUAUCGCAGUCUUCGUAGAGACGAAAGGAAUGAGAACAACAAGAGCCAUACUUACACACGUCUUGUACCGCCUGUUGCAAUCCCAAAAUCAUGUAUGUGGGGUACAGUUUUUAACAAUCAGAGCUCUCUAGCCAAUGCUUGGUAGACAGUAGCUUUUUUUUUUUUUUUUUUCAAUUUAUAAUGGAUGUGGGGGUGUUUCUUAUUCUCAGCUUACAUUCUUAUGAAACGGCCUGUGUGAGGCGAAGCCCCCUACCCUUUUCCCAUCUGAUACCAAGAAAGGGUGCAUGUCUUUAGGUUGGUUUUGAGACCUCCUAAAAGUGGAACUCAAGCCUUAGCAGGAAAAGGAGAAGAGCUGGAAGCUGGUCUGUCACUUAGCUCACGCAAAAUGGAGCCAGCUGUCGUGGCUUUGAACACAGAGUCAGGAAGGCCCCUCUGAACAACUCGUCAGAUGUCCCUGCCCCAGAGCUGCCAUGCCAGAAGAAUUCUUGAAGUAUAAGUCCAACCAUACUUAUAAUUGAUCGCAUCCGUCAGAGAUGGAUCCCGUCAUGUGAUGCACAGAAGGUAUAAAUCUGUCUCUCUCCCUGCUAAGGUCUUGGGGAAUGGCUGUUGAGAUAGGGAUUCUCCCAGGACUCCCCGGGUCAGUGAUUCAAAUCUGGUGCCAUCUCCCUUCCCUCUCCAUCAGCUUUGCCUAAGCUAUUCAGUUCUAAAAUGUUCUCAGCUAAUCUAGCAAACGCCUACUUUACCAGCCCAGUUUUGGCUUCUCUAUGUAAUUUGAGAUUAAGAACAAAAAAAAAAGUGUAGAAAAAUCAUGUUUAUCCAAAUCAUUUUUAAUUUUAUAAGUUGAAGUACUUCCUUGAUUGUUAGUCACUGUUCAAGGUGAGCGGCAGAUGGCAGAACUACAGGAUUUGAAACACACCUUUAGAGUCUGUUUCCUUCCCAGGGAAACCACCGGCUCCCUUUUUAAGUUCUUUAGGGUGCAAUUGCUACAAAGAAAUGAGUCUUGAGUAAAGUUCUUAAGCCAGAUGGCAGUCUAAUGCAAUCAUGAAAUCAUCUGCCAUCACUUACUGUUAGAUCCUCUGAUUGAACUGACCCUCCAUAAGGAAAGUGCUUCCUUGGACAUUAAUUUUAGUGAGGUCUUGGCUGUCCCAGUGCAGAGUCCUCUGCAGCUGUGAGGACUGAAACCAAGGCUGAGGCACCGGAGUGUGUGCUUCUCAUCCCCCAUUCCCACCACCCCCUUCUCUGGCCCUCUAGAUUUGACGGGGGAAGUUGUGAAAGAUAGGUAAUAUAUUUGGAAACAGACACUGAGUAUGAAGACCCCCUGAUUUCCAGGUGUGUGUGUGUAGGGGAUAUCUUAUCAGGUGUCAGGUACCCCACUGCUGCUGCUUAGGGAACUUGAGGGGUGCAUCUAAGUGGUUGACUAUUAUUGACUGACUUUGGCUCAAAACAGCAGGACCAGGCCUUACUUUCAAUGAUAAAUACUGUUCGUGUGUUUGCUURUUUGUUAAUAGUUCAUUAAUGGGAUUUCGUUUUUAUACUCUCCUGAGUCCCAGCAUCUGUUGGUCGCCCCUCUGUGUGGAAACCCGUCCUGGUGAGGUCUUCUCUAUGGGUUCUCCUACACCUAAUCAGUCAGACCCUUCUUUUGGAGCUCUUUGGCUUCCAAAAGGUCACCACACCCCCAGUGUAGUUGGAAGGCUCUCGAACAUUGCCUGAUGUCCUCCCGUACUUACAAAGGGCUAGCCUUGAAUGUCACUUGCGCCCUCUUCAAUCUCCUGACUAGAGACAGAGAACAAUCACUUCACAGGUCAUUUGGCCUCAAUCUGAAAAUCGCUGCCCACCGUGCCACRCCGAGGAGACUCGCAUGCCGCCACCACCUCACCAGGGUGGCUGUGUCCACGCCGGCUGCCCUCCAAACCCUGACAGCGCAGCUGCCUUGCCUUGCCGCCACCCUCUGCAGGGCUCCUAUUCAGAUGAAACCAUGGGACACCCCAGAGCAGAGCAAAAACUGUUGCCUCCCAUCUGCCUGACUGUCCAGGGCCUCCUCAGACGCUCUCUUGCCCCAGGCUAGGGGCUGGUUCAUCUGACUCUGCUUCCCUGAAAGCUGCUGCCACCCUCCUCAGACCACAGUCCUGCAGGUGUGGCCGGUCCCUGAGGCACGCGGCUUUCUUCAAGUGCACUGYGUGUGCUUCUGGACCCGGUGCCACAGGGGGCCACCUGCAGCCUCUUCUGUGGCUCACACUAGCUUCCCAGCCCCCCAGGUAAUGCAGAUGAUUUUGUCUCAUCAACCCUUUUCUUUCCCUGCCACCCUUACUUAUCAAGCAUAAUAUUACACUUUAAAAGACAGCAAAUAAGGACUUUGUAGAACCCCAAGACUCUGCUAACAAUGUUUGGAAAUGAGAAAAGAAAUG